GUAAGCAUCAGCUGCAUUGCAGUCUCGUCACGGGGGACACCUGCGGUUCCUCCGCUCUCUCUUACAUGCAAUGUCUUAGGUAGGUAAACAUAAUCUAUCGCACGUACGGAGUAUGAGGGUAUAAUAUUCCACCACAUAAGCUAAAGAACAUGCAACUGCUUUGGUCAUCAAGGGCACACAGAGGAUGCCGCUUCCUAGGUCGAGGCCGUGAGGCUGAUAGUGAUUUUGAAUUGGGCCGCUGCGCUAGAGACACCACCUGGCCGGAAUCGAGACCGACAAGCCAUCGACCAGGAUCAUGGGAAACAGAUGGUGUGGAUCCCCUGUUCGAUCCGUCCUAUCGGGAUGUCUUGGUCCCUGAGGCUGAGCUACGAUUGGGUAGCGAGACGAUGGGUUUCGUCACUUCAUGUACUGCCAACUCAGAGCUUCCCCUCCCUCCAACCUUGAAGCUUGCACCCUCAUCAAGCCGCCCCAGCCUCCUCCAUUUUAACUCAAGGAGACUCGAGUUGGGUUCUGCGCUCUCUCGCUGCUGCCAGUCAGAUGGUUUAGUGAGAUCAUUCCGAGUCCAAUUGAGCUGGGUGACCGAAGAGCUACACGUAGGCUGAGUUCCAAGAUGUCGGGUGUGGGCCUGACGACCUAACGUUGCUUUCCAGGAGCUUCUACCCUGGAUGACGAUAUUGUAGUGCCUCCUUUCAGGCCAUCUUGCACUCAUCUUCCACGCAAGUUAAUUCCCAUUGAGUGAAGUGC